UCACUCCCUUCCUGCUGCAUCAUCAUCAUCAUCAUCAUCAUCACAACAGCCGCUAGUAGCACCCUGUCUAAUUGCGGUGACCGGGGGACUGGAUAGUCAUAACUAAUUAGCAUAAUACUAACUCUAAACAUAACACUAGUUAACAUCACCACAAUAGAGUAAUCUACGGAAACCAUUUACAUUGAGCUAUCCCCUUGAUACCGCUAGRACAUGGCCAGGCAAGAUCAGGUCCUGCUCUUGGAGCCACAGCACGAACUGAAAUUCCGAGGUCCCUUCUCRGAUGUGGUCAACACAACCUUAAAGCUCGCCAACCCCACAGACAGGAAUGUGUGCUUCAAAGUCAAGACGACAGCCCCGCGCCGGUACUGCGUCCGGCCAAACAGCGGUGUCAUCGACGCCGGCACCUCAAUCAACGUCUCAGUGAUGCUGCAGCCUUUCGACUACGAUCCCAACGAGAAAAGCAAACACAAGUUCAUGGUGCAGUCCAUGUUGGCUCCCCCCGAAAUGACGGACAUGGAGGGAGUGUGGAAGGAGGCAAAGCCAGAGGAGCUGAUGGACUCCAAGCUGAGGUGUGUCUUUGAGCUUCCAGCAGAGAAUGAGAAAACGCACCAUGACUUGGACGCCAACAAGAUGAUGUCGUCCAACCUGCUCAAGUCGGAGUCAUCCACACUGUCCAUGAAGUCCAUGAGCUCCACCCUGGACGAUGGCGAGGUGAAGAAGAUCAUGGAGGAGUGUAAGAGGUUGCAGAUGGAGGCACAGCGGCUACGGGAAGAGAAUAAACAGAUCAGGGAAGACGAUGGCCUGCGGAUGAGGAAGAGCAACGUGAUGUCCUCCCAGCACUCCUCCCACUCCAUGGUGAAAGAGGAGGGGCUGAGCCUGCGCACGGUGGCCCUCAUCGUGCUCUUCUUCGUGGUCGGRGUCAUCAUCGGCAAGUUGGUCUUGUAAGAGCGAGUGGCAAGCGAGAGACGGCCAACCGCAUGCUUUCGGGGGAUUGAAACAAACGACGGAUUUGGGAUUUUUGGUAUUCAGAAAUGCCAUAUCAAUGGGGUAGUUUUGAAAUCGUUCAUUUAUGUACUAAUAAAAAAAGGAGAUACAAAAAAAAUCCAUCAUGUUAUGAACAAACCAACGAGAGUUAAAAAAGCAACUGAUCAUUACAUAAUCAUUCUGGCCUUCCUCCCAAAUACUUGCACCACCAAUACAAGAUGACGAGAAGGAGGAA